AUGUCACAUAUGAUUCAACCCCCCAUCAACAAACAAAAAAAAAAAAAAGUGUCACACAACACGAUGAAUGUGACACAAGUAAAAACUACUUUUAGACAAUCAAAGAUAAGCCACACAAAAAAAAUCGAACUUUACUAAAUCGAAUUCAAACAAACGUGAACGUCGGUCAAACCGACUCAUACCGCACGUUCACAACGAAGAUAUAGAUCGACGCCGCGACAACGACGGCGCAGCAAGUUGAGGCUGAUUCGUUGUUGCGACGGCGGCGGCGAUGGCUCACCACUCAAACUCCUCUGCUCAGGUCUUCGACGGCGUCGAAGGGAUCACUGAUCGGAGUUCCACUUGCACGGCUGCAACGGCGGCGAGAGCAAAAAUCUUCUAUCUGAAACUGAGGAGCAAGAACUCUUGUUUUCACUGUCUUCAUCUCGCUUAAUCAUGCACUACUCUCAGCAAUGGAUUGUCAUGGGCAUAAUGAUAUGUGCAUCUUUUGUACACAUCUUUGUGCCUGUGGAACCUUAUCCCAUAGCUGAUAAAAUCACAAGUCUGCCGGGGCAACCUCAAGUCAGUUUCCAACAAUUUUCUGGAUACAUCACCAUAGAUGAAAAGCAACAGAGAGCUCUUUUCUACUACUUUGUUGAAGCUGAAGUGCAGCCAGCUUCAAAGCCACUUGUUCUCUGGCUAAAUGGGGGGCCCGGUUGUUCAUCUUUUGGAGCAGGAGCUUUCCUUGAGCAUGGCCCCUUUAAAGUGAAGGGAGACAAUCUGGUCAGGAAUGAGUACAACUGGAAUAAAGAAGCAAAUAUGUUGUACCUGGAAUCACCGGCAGGAGUUGGUUUCUCUUACUCUGCUAAUAAAUCAUUCUACGCCUAUGUGAACGAUGAGAUAACAGCACGAGACAAUCUUAUAUUUCUGCAACGCUGGUUUGCCAAAUAUCCAGAAUACCGAGACAAAGAUUUUUUUAUCGCAGGAGAGAGCUAUGCAGGUCACUAUGUGCCCCAACUUGCCCAGCUCAUUAUUCAGUCCAAUGUGAAGAUCAAUUUGAAGGGAAUAGCUGUAGGGAAUGCUCUUCUUGAUUAUUACAGUUUUAUCACCUCACCUGGCGAGUACUAUUGGUCUCAUGGCUUGAUAUCUGAUGCCGAUUAUCAACUUUUCACUGAAGUAUGCAACGGUUCUGAGAUCAUGAUCAGCAGUAUAAACAGAGAAGUCAGUACUGCUUGUUAUAAAGCAUCUGAAGAACUCUACGCACAACUUGCCCUUACAACCGGGAUUGAUCUAUACGGUGUCAUUAGUGAUGUGUGUCUAUCACCUGUUAAGUCACAAAUUGACAAGCUACAUGAACCCCUCUUGUCCAGAAUUCAAAAUUUGUCAUCUCUCCAUUCAAAACAAGAGGCUCUUAGUCAACAGCAACUUAAAGCAAAGGAACUGAUCUGUGGAGAAGGUAUCACACAAAAAUAUUUUACCAGGAAAGAUGUGCAGAAGGCUCUCCAUGCCCAGCUCCUCGGAGUCCAGCAAUGGACUUUAUGCAGCGAAGUUCUACAUUAUGAUUUUGGAAACCGAGAGAUACUAACAAUUGGUGUUGUGGGCUCACUUGUCAAGAUUGGCAUCCGAGCCUUGGUUUACAGUGGAGAUCAAGAUGCAAUAAUCCCAUUUACGGGGUCUCGGACACUGGCAAAUGAAUUAGCAAAGGAGUUGGGUCUGAAAACAACUGUGCCAUACAGACCAUGGUUUGAGGGAGAACAGGUAGGUGGAUGGACACAAGUUUAUGGUAACAAUCAGCUAUCUUUUGCCAGCAUAAAAGGAGCUUCACACACAGCUCCAUCGACGCAACCAGCGAGAUCAUUUUCACUGUUUAAGGCAUUUCUCUCAGGAAAGCCACUGCCAAACGCAUGAACUUAUCAAAAUCAUGAAUAAAAUAAGAAUGUGCUAGUAUUAUUAAUCUGCGCGUCAUUUAUUUGAAUAGCAAAGGCAUGUAUUCAUGAAAUCGCAUUAAAUAAAUAUGUAUGCACUUGUAUUAAUAAUCUGAAAACAUUCUCACAA